AUGCGCGGCGACCCGGGCGUCCUCCGGCAGGUCCUGGCCCCCGGCGUGGAGUGGCGGGGGCCGCUGGGCAACAACGCGGGCCUCGCCAAGGUGGAGGAGGAGCUGAGGGGGCUGGGGAGCCUGCUCAACGCCCCGAGGCUGUCGGUGUUCGCGUCGAAGGACGGGGCGAAGAGGCUGGAGUGGGUCGCCAGCGGGACGUGGCCGUUGCCGUGGCUGCCGAGGUUUAUCGUUAAGGGGGCGUCGACGCUGCAGACUGGUCCCGAUGGCAAGGUGGUAAAGAUCACCGACACCUGGGAGGGAAACCCGGUGACGCUGGGCCUGAAGCACCUCGUGCCGGGGUUCUGGGACAUCUGGCACCAGCUGGGCUCUCCCCCCGCCGAGAAACCGCCGUACAGGGUGGUGAAGCGGGCGCUGGGGUACGUGAUCAGGGAGUACGCGCCGCGCAUGGCGACGCAGCCGUCGCUCAUCGACUACUCCAACUCACGAGAGAUCCGGAAGGCGCUGAUCUUGCCCGGCUUCUGCCACGACGGAGAGAUCAAGACGUCUGGCCGCAAGCCGGACGAGUACUACGUCACGGGGCCCCUGGAGGUGGCCAUCCAGCCCUUCAUCGCGACGGGAAACUUCCCGAACGGCACCUGGUUCAACGGGACGACAAGGGAGGCGUCGCAGAGCCGCCGGGCAAACCGCAUCACAUGGACAGUACCGGUACCGACCGCGAUGGGCCUGGACCCGACCAAGCUCCCGGAACCUCCUUCGGAGCGCGAGAGGGGGGAGGACCAGAGGUCGAGACACGUCCGACAGGGGGCCCGCAGAAUCGCCGUGACCAAUUUUAACGGCAUUCCGCAGGACCCCGAGGCGGCGGAAGUGAGAGCGAAGCUCCUCAAGAGGUUAGCGGCGGACGGGGUGGAGCCCGCGAAGGGUGCCGACGGCCGUGUGCGGAGCGGGAUCUUGAUGUACAACUCGGUGGCGUGCUUCACGAAGGCGGGGAAGCUGGCGAUGAGCAUCUUGUAUCACCGGCCCAAGUACAUCGGGAUAGGGAACGAGGUUUUCGUGGAGUUGGACCCGGAGGAGGCGGUCACCGAGGAGGUGGUCGAGGGUAAAGUGGGAGGGGGGACGUGGUGACGACGAUGACCCAGUGCUGUAGCCUUGGCGAGAGGAUGUUAAGCUUGGUUUUAGUAGGUUGGGGAUACGAACCCCCCCUCUCUAUUUCGAAGAUUUAGGAGUUACGGUUACACACCCCCCUCUCUACUUCGGAGGUCUAGGGGUUGGGGAUGUACAACCCCCCCCUCUCUAUUUCGGAGAUCAACAAUAAAAUCCUGGCGAAGGCGGUCACGACGACACUACUACCCCCCCUAGGGAAGAUGGGAAAGAGAGCCUACAAAAGUGUGUGUGGAGGGUUGACGGCAUGCCCCAACAAGAGGCGCUCCGACUCGGUGUGUGGAGCUGGUGACGAGGAAGACUGCGAUUGAAGCCAAGAAGGAACAUACAGGGGGAGAUCCGCAAGGGGGGGGUAGGACCAGUAUAGCAUGU